GCGGGCGGGGAAGCGGUGCGGGGCCGCCACGUGAGAGCUGGAGCUGGGGGUGGGGGUGCCUGCAAGGUGCUGGAGGUGGAGAGCGAACUGGGCUUCUACAUCCCCCCCAAACUCCUACCAAUCAGGUCAUGGGCAGCGCAGCAUCCUCUGUCGCCCCCAGCCCACCCCCAGGCGAACGUGGUUGGAACAAACAGCUGGCAGACUUGUGACCCGGCCCUCGGGAUCCGCGAAGCCCCCGCUCGCAGCCUUGGGCAGCGACCCAGGUGUCCAGACGCAGGGAAGGGGACGGAACAGGCUUCGCCCCCUGUGUGUGCCUCUGGUCUCUUGCCUCUCUUUCUGGGCAGUCUCUUGCCGGGCGCUGUCUGCAGACUCACUGCAGAGCGCAGGCCUUGGGGAGAAAGCGCUCAGGGGCCUGGGCCCUGCUUCUUGGGACAGCCCCCUCCCUUCCGCACUCAGCCAAGGGUGUUGGAUUAAUAUACUCUUAGAUCCAGGACCUCUGCCUGGAAAGAAGGAAGGGGCACCGAUCGCUUCUGAGUUGGGGACAGGGCCACACUUGGGCCUGGUGAGUUCCAGGAGGCUGGCCCCAGCCUAGGGGCCUCCUGCGCCCCCUCCCUAGCUCCUGGGCAGUGCCCCUCUUGCAUUUCCCUGCCACUCCCCAGAAAGGGCUGGUUUCUGGGCAGGGAGUGUGGUGUCCGGGACAAUCUGCAGGUAGAGUGUAUCCUAGAAAGCUCUGAGCUGCCACACCCAGAGAGAGGCCAGGACUCUUCUUGGCGUUCCUUGCCCUCUCUUCCUCCCCUAGGACUCCCCACUCCCCACCUGCCUGUGCUGGUUAUGUAAUUAACCCAGCUGAGUCUCUCUGCCAUGCUGGUGGUAGUGGUGUCCAGGGAUGCCUAAGGGGCUUCGGGACCUGGAGGGACACAUGGGGAGGAGGGAUAGGUACUUCCCCCUAGUUGGGAGCCCAUGUAAGUGUAUAAACACCUGUUGGAGAAGGGACACUGCAUGGGGCAGGAAGGAGUUCAGGGUCCUAAUCUUAGUUAACAACUCAACUGGCUAUGAGGUCUUCACUUCCCUAAGUCACUGGGUUUUUUGGGGGGUUUGUUUGUUUUUAAACCUUCAAUAAAAUGAGAAGAAUCUCUCACACACACACCGCAUGCAUGUGAGCUCAUGCAACAGUAGAUAGCAACCCCUCCUGGGAUUGCUAGGAGGUGCCAUUGCUAAGUUUGUGGGAAACUUAGAUGAAUGAAUGACCCCUGCCCCUAGCAGUGGUCACUGUUUAUUGAACACCUGCUCUGGCCUAGGCACUGGGCUUUACAUGCACACGUCAUAACACUCUAUUAAGUUUCUUGCCCAAGGUCACACUUCAGGUGAAUGGCAGAGCUAGGAAUCAAGCCCCGGCGGUUCUCAUUCCACAUCCUGACCUGUAUUUACUAUGCUGUGUGCGCACAUACCCCGUGGAGUGAGUCCUCUGAACCAGGACAACCUGGGGGACAUUCAGCUGUGGCUUGUGCAUAUGUGGGAAGCACAUGCAUCUGCAGAAAAGUAUGCACCCAUGCGGAAAAAGCAUGGCCUUGCCAGAAUCCGGCGAACCCACCUGCCCUGGACCCAGUUAGCAAGUGCUGAUGUCACCCUCCUGGGAAUCCAGACAGGAGGUCUCAGGCAUGUAACAGCCUCUCUGGUCACCAUCACCAACAAAAGAAGAAAGGUUCUCUCCUUUUCCUGGCUUAAGAGAUCUACUUGGAUUUUCUCAGAAGUAGGGGCUGUUGACCUCAUUUUACCUAUGUGCAGAAGGAUGGCUCCAGUUGAGAAGUCCAGGUGGAGGCCACAGAGGACCCAGGGCAAGCAGAGGCAGCAAUGGUUGGUCCUGACGGUGGCUGAGCCCCCAGCCCCUGGAAUAUGCAGCCCUGGGGAGCCCCAGACAGCGGCAAGGACGAGGUGGCGGAGUGGGGCGGGAGGCAUGGUCUCCACCUACCGGGUGGCCGUGCUGGGGGCGCGAGGUGUGGGCAAGAGUGCCAUCGUGCGCCAGUUCUUGUACAACGAGUUCAGCGAGGUCUGCGUGCCCACCACCGCCCGCCGCCUUUACCUGCCUGCUGUCGUCAUGAACGGCCACGUGCACGACCUCCAGAUCCUCGACUUUCCACCCAUCAGCGCCUUCCCUGUCAAUACGCUCCAGGAGUGGGCAGACGCCUGCUGCAGGGGACUCCGGAGUGUCCAUGCCUACAUCCUGGUCUACGACAUCUGCUGCUUUGACAGCUUUGAGUACGUGAAGACCAUCCGCCAGCAGAUCCUGGAGACGAGGGUGAUCGGAACCUCAGAGACGCCCAUCAUCAUCGUGGGCAACAAGCGGGACCUGCAGCGCGGACGCGUGAUCCCGCGCUGGAACGUGUCGCACCUGGUGCGCAAGACCUGGAAGUGCGGCUACGUGGAAUGCUCGGCCAAGUACAACUGGCACAUCCUGCUGCUCUUCAGCGAGCUGCUCAAGAGCGUCGGCUGCGCCCGUUGCAAGCACGUGCACGCUGCCCUGCGCUUCCAGGGCGCGCUGCGCCGCAACCGCUGCGCCAUCAUGUGACGCCUGCGCGCCCCUCGGGCUGCACCGGCACUGGCCGAGCGGAGGGCGGGGCCGUACUGCGGGGCUGGGGCGGGGAGCGGGCGGGAAGUGGAACUGUGACGGUCCUGGCCUGAGGCCCCUGCAGCCACGCAUCUCCCGGUGAGAAGCAGAGCGCGAGAGGGAGCCUUCCGUAACUGCUCAGCCCUGCCCCCUGCCCCCGUGGCUUCCUGGGACAGCCGCCUUCAGUGCUGUAUUUAGUGCAGUGCCCGGCCCGACCCGCGGGGGUGCCACAGCCUUUUGGGAUGGGGGUGAGCGUGCAAUGGAGGCUGGGGGUGGCGAGGUGCCGCCUUGGCCGGGCCCCCACCUGUCUUCUCCAGAAUGUGUCUGUCUUUGCCUGGUGUCUUCCUUUCCCGUGUCCGCCCACCCCAGCGUCUGUUGGUACUUACCUGUCUCACCCACCCUUCAGUCCCCCCCCAGCUCCGCUCACAGGGCUCUCAUUUCGUCCAUCCCCUUGUCGCAGAUCCUGGCAGCUUCUUUGUGAGGCCAGGCCUUCCGACUGUCAGCACCACCGGCACAGGGCAGAGAUGCAGGUGGCCCAAGGACCACGAUCAAGGGGUCCGGGGGGCUGAGGUCCCAGAUCAGUGAGGGGAGAAGGUUGAGCUCUCCGGCUUCCAGGGAGACCUCCCCGCCCAGCAGCCCCCAGAGACACAACAACCUACCUUCCAGCCUUAACUCGAUGGUCCGUCCCUGCCAGGUGCCCCUCACUCUUCCUGACCCCAAAGCCAGAUCACCCCCUGGGUUAAAACUUUUUCUUUUUUUUUUUUGGACAGAGUGUGGAAAGGGAGCCCCCCAAAGGAUAGCUUCUUUUUCAUGAUGCCAGGCUCCAGUCCUUUAUUCCCUCCUGCAUACUGCAAUCUGGUCUGUCAGACUGGGGAAUGUUGGGUUCUGGGGUAUGGUCGUGGGCAGGAUGGUGCCCAGAAGGGGGUCAGGUUGUCCCAGUGAAAAUUCUGUUGCCCCGUCUCAACCUCAUCUGACUACUCCAGACUCUGCCUGCCUCAGAUCUCAGACUAUUCUGAUUAAUCUGGGGAAGAACAGAGCCAGGGAAAGAAUGGUGGGGACCCCUGUGCUUGGGGGAGACACACCUGCAUCUUCCUCCUGACACACAUGGAGGCCCUCAGGAUCUGACACCCUCUUGUCCCAACACCAGUCAGCCCUAUGCCCUAACUCACUCCGCCCCAUUUUCUCCGGCUGCCUGGCCGGGUUUCUACCUCUCGUCACCGGAGCUGAUCACUGUCAGUUUUGUACCGAUUUAGAAAUAACAAUAAUAAUGAAGAUUCUAGGAAUGGCAUGAGGGAUUGAUGGGGGACUUGGAGGGAGGGAGAAGUGGUGCCCUGUCCCCUGCUCCCCUGGCCAAAGAAAGCUGUCAUUGAGGCUGAGCCCUCAGCCCUGGCCUGGUAGGAGGACAGCAGGGUCCCUUGUUAUAAGAGGGGCAGAGAGGACAACUCCGCUUUGAGUUGGAGAGGACAACUCCAACUUAGCCAAGGCUGCAGCAUAUAGACCAAGAAAUCAGGUAGCCCAGAGUGGUGAUGGAGCAGAGUCUGGGGGAAGGGUUGUGGGUGGGGAAUUUAUCACCAACAUCCAUUGUAGGGGGAAUCUAUGAUUCUGCUUCCCUGGUGGAUUCCUACUCUGUCCACCAAGUGGGGGAUAGCACAGCCCCACAGCAACCGCCCUGACCUUGGGCAGUCUAGUGUUACUGCAUUCUAGUCCCUGCUGUGCUGCAGGACUUCGGGCAAGUGACCUGCCCUCUGUGAGCCUCCCUCUGACACAGAGGAGGUGGCUCCCCUUCCCCACACCUUAGAGUGGCUGGGAGGGUAACAAAGAGGGCCUGCCCCUUUAGUCUCCUGCACCCCUGCCCCCUGGUUCACCAGAGGGAGGGGAUGAGGGAUGGCAGCAUCUCAUAUGCCCCAUCACCAACUCUGAGGCACCUGGGGUGGGGGGGGCGGGGCCCAGGCCUCUGGCUGCUCCCCUGUGGGAGCCAUUGGAAUGUAUCCCCUGACAGGCCCCCUCCCGCCUCCACCUCAACCCAGGUCUUGGAUUUCAGGUCCCUCCACCCCCAUUCUGAGUCUCUGUCCUUCUCCUUCCACCCCCUCCCAGGGUUUCCCACCACAGGGUCUGGAAGUGUGUGUGACGCCCAUUGAGCUGUUAUCCAAGUCAGAUUAAAAAUCAGGGAGUGUUUUCCCUCGUUUCUGUA